AUGACGUGCGCGGCACUGGUGGCGAUGGCGGUGCUGGUGACGGCGAGCUCAGCGGCGGCGCAGCUGCGGCCGGCUGACGCGCCCCCUGCCAUCAACGACACACGCUGUGGUACGGAAUGCGUUCGCUGCGCCGCUGAUGGAUGCGUCAAGUGCGCUCGCCUGCUGGUUUGGCCUGGAGGCACCUGUGCACAUGACUGUCCUGCUGGCAGCCGUGAAGCAUGGGCCCAUGAUGACCACCUCAUGGGACGAGUGUGCUAUCCUGCGCAAUCAUAUAACGAGGUGAUAGUGGGCGCUGCUUGCGGCGUGGCUGCUUGCAUUGCUCUCGUGGCAGCCGCAGCAGCCUAUGCUCGCUGUAGGACUAAGUCGCGAGCACAACCUCAACCAUUACCGCAACGAACUCACCACGACGACGACACUCGACUCCGGGAAUUCCACAAGCAACUGGACUGCUUACGACCACACGCGUACACCUUGUUGGCGAUACUGAACCACACACGGCAUCAAGUGCGCGAGCUUUAUCAGCUUGGCAACAAUGAUGCUGCAAUGGCUUACAGUUGCAUCCUGAGCGAUUUGGCCAAGUUGCUGAUAUUGUUGAACAAGCAGCAGGUGCCUGUUGUGCCGGAUGAGUGGCCACGAUUGGCUAGUUGGGCUGAAAGAAUUCUGAAACGCUACAGCCGCACAAACGUCGGUCCGCAACAAGAAGGCCAGCUAGUUAAUUUCCUCCCCGCCCCACCGAGCCAGGGCUCCGACUCGGAGACAACUCAGCAAUCUUUUUCGACAUUCAAACCACCUUCGUAUUCUCCUACAUCAUAUGAUAGUAAUAUUUUAGACAAGGACAUAGACUGCGAAUGGAGUGACGCUGGAAGACCACCCAGCUAUUCCCAAGUAGAGAGAGAACGAGAGACCAUUGUCCUCUCCGACCCAUGGGAGAGAAGACCGAUUGUAAGAAGAGAGAGUGUAUGGUUAGAAGACGAAUUCUUCGAGAUGUCUAGGCGACCACAAGACGAACUAACCACUGAACUUUAA